AUGAAGUCCAAGGCUGUUUCCGUGAUGAAUCAAGAAUUUGUAAAACUUGAUCGUUUUGAAGGGACAAACUAUGUUCGCUGGAAGGACAAGAUGCUAUUCUUACUCACCACAUUGAAGAUUUCUUAUAUACUUGAUCCAAGUCUGCCUGCUAUUUCACCACCAACUCCAGAAGAUUCUGAACAAGUGAAAGCAGAUCGAGACAAACGUGAAGAAGAUGAAUUGCUAUGCAGAGGUCAUAUUCUUAACAAAUUGUCAGAUAGGCUAUAUGAUCUAUUUACUUCUGUCAAGUCUCCAAUGGAAAUCUGGAAAUCACUGGAGUUCAAAUACAACUCAGAAAAACAAGGUAUGGAUAAAUUUCUUAUCAUGAAAUAUUUUGAAUUCCAAAUGGUUGAUAAUAUAUCUGUUAUGUAUCAAGUCCAUGAGUUACAUGUCCUUGUUUCAAAACUUAAAGAUUUGAAAGUGAUAGUUCCUGAAUCGUUGCAAGUAGGAGGAAUAAUAGCAAAACUUCCUUCUAGUUGGAAUGAUUAUAGGAAGAAAUUAUUGCAUACCACAGAAGAUUUUUCUCUUGAAUAG